AUGGCGCCAGAUCGGGGAUCACCACCAAUAAGAACGCGAGCAAGCAAUGCAAGAGACAGGCAAGGUGAAGAGACGGAAGAUAACGUACCCAACCAGGAUAUUUCACACAGUCUGGAAGCUCGCCGUCUAGCACACCAAGCCUCGCAACCGCAAAACUUUACGCUUCGAGGCGUUCUAGUCGGAUUAGCAAUCGGAGUCGUGAUAUGCUUCUCCAAUAUGUACUUCGGUCUUCAAACCGGCUGGGUCUCUGGUAUGGCCAUGCCUUCCGCGCUGAUUGGCUUUGCGUACUUCAAGGUCGUUGCACGCACCCUCAAAUUUCCCUUUACGCCAGUUGAAAAUGUGCUCGUCCAAUCCGUCGCUGGAUCGGUCGGUACAAUGCCUCUAGGGUGUGGAUUCGUCGGUGUCAUCCCUGCGUUGAACUACCUGCUGAGGGAGGAAGAAAAUGGACCUUUGGAUAUCAGUCUUUGGAGGCUGAUUGUCUGGUCGGUAGGGAUUUGUUUCUUUGGGGUCGUGUUUGCAGUGCCGCUGAGGCGAGAGAUGAUUAUUCGAGAGAAGUUAAAAUUUCCAAGUGGAACGGCCACGGCGCUUUUGAUCAAGGUAUUACAUGGAGAUGAAAAGGGAAAGAAGAGUGUUCCACGUGGGAUAAGAGAAGAGGAGGAAGAGGGAGAAGAACAAGGACUACUACAGCGUGCGAGUACCGACCAGGACGACGAUCUCCUGCGUCCAUCGCUCGAUGUUGGGGAGAGCACACUUGAGGAAGAUUUGGGAGAGGACGGAGACUGGAAAGCCAAGAUGCGACUGUUGCUGAUCUCGUUCGCUGGAUCUGCACUCUACACCGUCGUGUCCUACUUCAUCCCCCAUAUUCACGAUAUCCCUAUCUUUGGCCUCUCUCUCGCCAAGAAUUGGCUCUGGUCACUUAACCCUUCUCCAGCAUAUGUGGGACAAGGCAUUAUCAUGGGUCCCGCGACAACGCUGCACAUGCUUCUUGGCGCGAUCAUAGGCUGGGGUGUUCUAUCCCCUCUUGCAAAAUACAGAGGGUGGGCACCAGGGCCCGUGCCAGACUGGACCAACGGUUCAAAGGGUUGGAUUGUGUGGAUUUCACUUGCCAUUAUGCUAGCAGACUCCUUAGUGAGUCUUGGGUGGCUUGUUUUUCGCCCGCUAGUUGCGAUUGUCCGUCUCUACUACCCGGCAGCUCGUUCAACCUUCCAGUCGCAUACCUGGAAAGACCUCCUUACACUCAACAUAACGUCCACACCCACCUACACACAGCUCAGUGAUGGCAUGUCCACAAAUCCGGAAAGAACUCUCAAGCCGCACCUCCUCGCAGACCCCGAACCCGAUGCUCCCCCUGAACACCUUAUCUCCAACCGCACAACGAUAAUCGGCCUCAUCGCCUCCCUUGUCCUUUGCACAGUCGCAGUCCAUAUUUCUUUCCCCUCGCUCAUCCCACUCCGGCUUACCCUUCUCGCCCUGCUGCUCGCCCUCCUCCUCUCCGUAAUGGGCGUUCGCGCCCUAGGAGAAACAGACCUCAAUCCUGUAUCCGGUAUUUCCAAGCUCACGCAACUCGUCUUCGCACUCGUCACCCCAAAAUCGAAAAACGCAGUCAUCAUCAAUCUCGUCGCGGGCGCGAUUUCUGAGUCUGCAGCUUUACAGGCAGGCGAUUUGCUCCAGGACUUGAAGUGUGGGCAUCUUUUGGGGGCGGCGCCGAACGCGCAGUUUUGGGGUCAAAUGAUUGGAAGUGCGGUGGGAGCUGUGCUGUCUGCUGUAGUAUACAAGCUGUAUACACACGUGUACACUAUUCCUGGGGGCUUGUUCGAAGUGCCUACGGGGUAUGUGUGGGUCUUCACUGCCCGUCUCGUGACUGGCCAAGGAUUGCCGCCUAUGGUGGUGGAGUGGGCGAGUGGUGCGGCGAUAAUCUUUGCUGUCGGAACCGGGUUUCGCGUCUGGGGCAAUACAAGGAAGAGAAAUGGGCUAAGUGGGUGGUGGAUUGAUUUUAUCCCGGGAGGUAUUGCUGUUGCUGUUGGCAUGUAUAACACGCCAUCCUUUACACUUGCACGAACCAUCGGCGGCUUACUCAGCUUGUGGUGGAGGCGCUGGAAAGGGAGAAGUGAAACUCCCAUAAUCGUGUUAGCCAGCGGUCUGAUUUUGGGAGAGGGAUUGUUCAGCAUCGUCAAUCUUUUGCUGGCGAGUCUGAACGUGCCGCAUCUUUGA